AUGGUUUCGUACGAGGAUUUACAGGAAAAGCUUCCUUCGAAAGCGGUGAUUGACGUGGUGUCCAUGAAGCCCGAGAAAGUCGUUGCUUCGGACGUGGCUACGGCAGCGGGGAUCUCGCUCUCCCAGGCGCGCAAGGAUUUGACCGCCUUGGCGUCCAUCUCGCGUGGCGACAUUUCAGUGGACAAGGACGGAGAACUCAUCUAUUCCUUUCCGCGUGAUUUGAAUUCCGUACUGGCCAGCAAUUCCGUCAAGUACCAAACUUUGCAGCUGGCGCGGAAAGUGUGGCCGGCUGUCUUUUGGGGCGUGCGCGUUUCCUUUGGUGUCACGUUGUUGGUGUCGCUGGUGGCCGUCUUUACUACCAUCUUUUUCAUCACUUCCAGUAGUUCCAAUAACGAUGAUCGACGAAGAGAUGACCGUGGCGGUGGUAUGUCCUUUGGCAUGGGAGGCAUGUGGGGACCAUCGCCAUUGGAUUUCUUCUUCUACCGUCCUUACGGGUCGUACGGAUACUAUGGUCAGCCGGAGCGUGAUCCGGAAGAGAUGGGCUUUUUCGAGUCGGUCUUUAGUUACAUAUUUGGUGAUGGCGAUCCCAACGCUGGUCUGGAAGAGAAGCGACUGGGUUUAGUGGCCAGCAUGAUUCGGGAAAACAAAGGAGCUGUGACCGCCGAGCAGUUGGCACCGUACUGUGACGGCGCGCCGAACCCACAAGAACUCGCAUCCAAGACCUUCGUGCUACCGAUUGUUACCGCAUUGAAUGGUGAACCCCGCGUGACUGAAGAUGGUUCGAUUGUCUACACGUUCCCGGAGCUGCAAAUGUCGGCGGCGACCGUCAAAGUGAUACCCGCAGCAUCCAAAGAAGAGAUGGAAAUGAUGGGACAGAAUCCGGCGUUGUUGCAAGAACGGGAAUGGAAGUUUAGUUUGGCACCCGAGAUCAAUCGAUUCCUAGCCGGGGGGUUGGGGGUGGUGAAUUUGGGAGGUGCGCUGUAUCUGGGCAACUUGUUGGGACAAUACGCGAUGUACGGCGUCAGACUACCUUCCUACUUUGGCAUUGUGCAGGGCGCCUACCCUUUCCUG